CGUUCGAUUGAUGGAGAACCCCGGCCGGAAGGCGCCGCCGCUGCGGCCGUGGAAGAAGGGGCCGGCACGGGGGAAGGGCGGCCCUCAGAACGCCUCCUGCGACUACCGUGGCGUCCGGCAGCGGACGUGGGGCAAGUGGGUGGCGGAGAUACGCGAGCCCAAGAAGCGCACUCGCCUCUGGCUCGGGUCUUUCGCCACCGCCGAAGAGGCCGCGCUGGCCUACGACGAGGCCGCCCGCCGGCUUUACGGUCCCAACGCUUACGCCAACCUACCGCAUCUCCGAGCCGCUUCUGCUUCCUCCCACCUACUCAAGCCCGCAGGUGCCUCGUCGUCGUCGCUUUUUCACGGCCUGUCGCCAUUUAAGUGGCUGCCCACCUCGAAGGGCGCCGUGAGCUCCGCCACCGGCGCCGCCGUCCUCAACCUCAAUGCCCAGCACAACGUCCACGUCAUUCACCAGCGCCUCCAAGAGCUCAAGAAUCAUUCCAAAAACAAAACGAAGGCACCUCCCUCUUCCUCCGUUUCCCGGCAGCCGUUGAUGCCGAUAGAGACACAGCUGGAGAGAUUGCUGGGGGGACGUCACGGAGACAUCGAUCGAGUGUUUCCGCUUGAGAAUUCGUCGGAUUCAGCGCCGGCGAGAGUACUGGAGAAACCGCAGAUUGAUCUGAAGGAGUUCCUGCAGCGGAUCGGGGUGCCGCAGGAGAAGGGUACUAGCAGUGCUGGAACAAUAUCAACGGAGAGCGGCGACUUCAACUGGGACACGCUGAUGGAGAUGCGGGCUUUGGAGGGCCACUCGGUGGACGAGGCGGAGGACGGCGGGCCGCAGCAGCUGGAUGAGUACGGGCACGACGACUUCGGAUUGCCCAUCUCCAUUUGGAACCUUUGA